AUGGAGGCCUUGGGCCUUCGAUUCCAGGGAAGAGGGGUCAAAGACAGUCAAAUCGAGUCUGAAAUUCAAAGCAAGACAAAAAAGUCCCGCCAAGUCGUCAUGUCGCGCUUAGAUGAUGGGACUGUUGAGCUUUCCACGAUACAGAGCCUUUGUUUGCUGAGCAUGUUAGAGUACACAGCUGGUAACCUGAUUCGUGCUGGUUUAUAUUCCCGCAUGGCUGGGUAUUUUAUUCGCAACACUCGAGUAUGCGACUUGGAAUUCAUCAAUUCAUUAGAUAACGAGCACGAUGAGCGGAAGCUCUGUCACGCGAGUGUGAUAUUGCUCCAGAAUCUUCAAGGAAGCCUCCAUGCCUUUCCACCAAAGGACACCACGGACCUUUCUUGCGAUACAUGGCUUGCGACGCCAGUAUUUGAAACAAUGAUAUCAAACAAAAACACACGACGGGGAACAAGCGGCUUGAAGCUAGAUAUCGGAAUCAACGCCGCUAACAUGCAUACUAGUGAGCUAUGGGCUCUGGCUUGCAAGUACGCGAUGGAUUAUCGCAUCGAUGCAGAUCCUCCAUGGCAUCCACAAUCUCAUUAUGGCAUGAUCACAUACUGGCACACUGAGCAUGAGAGCUGCAUGCCACUGAGGUUUCGGCUGCACGCAAGCCGGUUCCAAGACUAUUCCUCGUCAGAUCUACAGAAGUAUCGAAACUACUGGAGCCCAUGGCUAUUUUUCCAGAUAAUCUGGCAUGCAGUGCCGUGUCUUUUGAACCACCCAUUUCUUCUUUCUAUGCGCCUGAGGAACUUUAGGAGAACGAUGCCUCAAACAUUCCUUCGCAAUUCCUUCGAACAACUCACUCUACACUCCGGCUGGAUAUUGCAUUUCCUUGACCUUGUGGAGCAUAAGCGAUUCGAAAUAUCCGACCCAACGCUAGGCCAUUGUGUUGCGAUCGUUGCAACGAUCUAUCUUCAACACAGCUUCACUGAAGACGAGGCAUUCAGCAAAAAAGCCCAAACGGGGCUUGAGAAAUGUAUCCGUUUCCUACAAAAAAUGGCCCGUCGAUGGCCACACAUCGGCCGACAAGCACAACAACUGGAGCAGCUCCGAGGCAGCAUCUCCCCUGGCGGCCUAUUUACCGAGCCGGGUGCAGCAGACUCUCCCUCCAGCCCUAAAUGGUCCGUUAAUUUCCAGCUGCUCUGGAAGAUAUUAGUGUACGCCCACGCAAGCAAGUCACCAGACCAUUCAACCGAUAUCUUUGGUCCCAUACUGGGCAAAGAUAGCGUUGGGAAUUCUGGAAUGAAUUCUGCUGGAAUCAUUGCUGAACCUGAUUUCGCUCUCAUCGGAUCUGCUGGUCUCUCAGCACACAAAACAGUAGCAUCUGAAUGUGUCACAUAUCCCCCAGAGCAGGCUGAACACAUUUCACAAGGACAGAAUGCGCUAGGUCAAAACCCGGCACCUAUAGAUCUAUCGGAAUUGUCGGAAGACCCGGCGUUGGAUUUAAAUUGUGGCGACACAUUGUUUCUACAGCUUCAAGAUUAUGGGCGAGCAUUCGAGGACUGGCUUAGUGUGAAUCCAGGGUGA